AUGGGAGAGAAGACUUUUCACAAGGCUUCUGUUCUAUUGGGUAAAACGGAAGGAACUCCCUCAAUAGUAGAAGCUGUUCAGUUUCAUGGAGUUCAUAUCACCAAGAAUGAUGGUUUGGUCAAAGAGGUGUCAGAGUUGUACAAAAGCGGAACAUUAGAUGAAUUAGUUCAUAAUUCGCACUUGGCUGCGAAGCAUUUACAAGAGGUUGGCCUAAUGGAUGGCGCCGUAGCACUCAUCGACACAGCUCCUACUUCAACUGGGUAUAUUGUUAAUUUUGUUGUUAAAGAACCAAAGUCCUUCUCAUUGGGAGUUAAAGCUGGAAUGAGUACCAAUGGUGAUGCUGACAUGUCCGUGAACGCUGGUAAGCAGAGCAUAGGCGGCCGAGGAGAAUCCUUCAACAGCAGUUACACCUAUUCCGUUAAGGGAGAUCACAGCUUCAACGUAGCUCUAAAUAAACCUGUGUUAGGAUGGCAAAAGUAUUGCAACUAUGGAGUUAGUGCAUUCAGAUCUAUGGCUUUCCUACCUUGGAAUCAUACUAAUGUCGAAGAAACUGCAAUGAUUUUUCAUUAUAACGGUCAAUUAUGGAAACAGCGAUUGUUACACUCUAUCAAGUUGAACGCUAUUUGGAGAGCUCUUAGUGCUACACAAGAUGCUGUCUUCCAAGUGAGGGAGCAUGCUGGACACACUAUGAAGUUUUCAAUGGAAAAUUCGAUAUCCAUGGAUACUCGUGAUAGACCCAUUCUUGCAACAAAGGGAAUCCUAGCCCGCAUUGUCCAGGAGUACGCUCCACCUAUAGGUGACUCCUCAUUCCUCAGACAUCAAUUGGAUUUCCAGGCUGCCACUGAACUACCUUUCAAAACAAUACUAGCUGCUUCCUUCCAAGCUCGCAUGGUUAACGCGCUAGGAGAUCGUGAAGUACAUUUAUUAGACAGAGUGUAUCUUGGUGGUCAGCAAGACAUCAGAGGAUUUGGCUUGAAUAGUCUUGGAGCCCGGGUUGAGAAUUGUUGCCUCGGAGGAGGUGCUUCAGUAGCUGGAGUUGUUCAUCUGUACAAGCCACUGUUCCCACCGGAUAUGUUGUUUGCCCACGCUUUCGUAGCAAGCGGUGCCGUUUCCUCUGUAAGAUCGCGUAACGUUUCUAGAGAUUUACAAGAAAGUCAGAGAGUGUCAGCUGGAUUAGGUUUGACGUUCAUCUUCAAAAAUAUAUUCCGUUUGGAGAUGAAUUAUGUACAUCCAUUGAAAUUCGUUCCCGGUGAUUCAUUCCAGCGGGGAUUCCAUAUCGGUGCUGGCGUGAACUUCAUGUGA